GGGGGCGACUAGAAACGUCAAGGUUGAUUUUUCCCGAAAAAAAUAAAAUAAAAUGUCUUACCAUAACAUUAAAAAUCGUGCAGUGAAAUUGCGGAAAUAGAUGGUGGAGACAGACAGCGUUUGAGUUUUAAUUAUCACACAAAGGUUCGUGAAUAUUUAUAACCUUAAUGUGAAGUUCAGGGAUAGCAAACAAACAGAAGCAGUCAUGAAGUGGAUUACGAGCUUGGAAGGCGGACCAAAAAGGGUGAACCACGCUGCUGUGGCAGUAGACCAUAAAAUUUACACUUUUGGUGGGUACUGCACAGGGCAGAACAGUAGAAAGUACAAAUCGAUGGAUGUACAUGUACUAAACACAACCACAUUCAGGUGGACAAGACACCCUGUAUCUGACUUGCCCUACUUUGAGAAUGACGACAUACUCCCCUUUAAAAGAUAUGGUCAUACAGCUGUAGUCUAUGGUAACAAAGUGUACAUUUGGGGUGGUAGAAAUGACAAAGAAUCGUGUAGUGUUUUAUUCUGCUUUGAUACUGAAUGGCAUUGCUGGACAGCCCCAAAAACGACAGGCAGUAUACCUUUAGCCCGUGAUGGACAUUCAGCAUGCAUUUGGAGGAAUUUCAUGCUUGUUUUUGGAGGAUAUGAGGACGAUUCUGGCACUUUCGCUACUUCAUUAUGUUACUUGGAUUUAGAGAAAAUGCAUUGGUCAUAUGUGCCCCCAAAAGGUGUGGCUCCUUCGGUUAGAGACUUUCACACAGCAGUGUGCAUAGAUGAUAGAAUGUAUGUUUUUGGUGGACGAGGUUCAGUCCAAACGUCAAAUUACGUUGAAGACGAAUCUUACUGUAAUGAUUUGUGGUAUUUGGACUUGCGCCAUUUUGAAUGGCAUCAUGUUUGUGCUCAAGGUGUCAUUCCUGUUGGAAGAAGAAGCCAUUCAGCUUUUGUUUAUAAUGAAAAAAUGUACGUUUUUGCUGGUUAUAACUCCCUUGUAGAGAAGCAUUACAAUGAUAUGUAUGAAUACAACCCAAAAACAAAUAUAUGGAAAAAAUUGUCAAUAACUGGGGUGCCCCCUUGUGAGAGGAGACGGCAAGCGUGCAUUUCCGUAGGGGAUAAAGUUUUUGUUUUUGGUGGAACAAGUCCAAAUCCAAUAAGAAAAAAGGAAUCUCAAGUCAUAGAUGAAAACACAGAUGAAAACACAGAUGAAAAACUUGUCGAUCACAGUGACAUGUUUGUUUUGGAUUUUAACCCCUCCCUUAAAUCACUAAGUCUGAUAGCUGUAAAAAAAUACAAUCUUGAAAAAAAGGUGGCUGUGAGAAAUUUAAAAACUGAAAUUUCCAAUAUGUUUUCGCCUAAUUGUAUAACGGUGAAGCGGCCCAAACCUAAUAAUUCCGCUGGAUAGUCGUUAUUUAGUUUUAAAUAUUGUUGGAAUGGUUGUAAUGAACUGUUUCCCAUGUAUAUUUUUUUUCUGUAUAUAGUAAUGACCUAUGUAGGUGUUUUUUGUGUUUUUAUACUAUAUCUGAAGUUUUGGUGAGUACACAGUUAUUUUUUGUAUGUAUACAGGUGUGCUGCCAAGUACUAAAAAAGUGGUUUUAAGUUAAAAAAAAUAUCUUUUUUUUACUUUUGUAACUUUUUUAUUAUAGAUUAUACUUUUUCUUUUUUAAACUUCUUAUAAAUUUGUUUUUAAUCCUUCUAUAGAGGUCUAGAAAAUGAUACACUAAAAUCACGCAAUAGGGAGUUAUUUUGACAGGUAGUAAUAAGGUUUUCAACAUAUUUAAAAUGGUGUUUAUAAAAGAAAAUGUUUGAUUAAAAAAAAUACAUUAUAAAUCUGACAAAUAUAAAAAUAAGUGACUCCUUUGCAUACAAAAUAUGUUAACCCUACCUAUGAUACAGUAUAGAAUCCCUUAAAUUAUGUAAUCAAUUAAUUAAAUUGAAUCAGUGUAAAACCAUAAUAAUUGUUAAGGAAAAAAUAAUUAAUAAUACUUUUUAUUUUCCAUUAUUUUGAUGGGUUUUUAGUUGGA